AUGGCCCAGAGUGAGCGGCAAGAAUCAUCCUAUUCCAGGGAUGAGUUCGUUUCCGAGCUGACAUCCUACUAUGAGUUUCUAACCCACCUAUACCUCCCUCCCGAAGUGGUCAGAUACCCUCCCCCGGGCGGGUGGGAGCACAUCACGCCCGACUUCGUCGAGUCAUUCUUCCUCGGCAAGAACGACACAGUAGCAGACCUGAUGAGACAUAUCCCCUAUGUCUGCCGGGACAAGGAGGACGAUUGGGAGCCGUGGAACAUCUACGAAAAGUCCACGCAGGUCGACUUCGUCGGGGAGGUCGUCCUGAGCUUGCCCAACAAGUACGCCCACGAGGAACUUUUUGAGAUCCCGGAGGAAGCCUACCCGCACCAGCUUCCGCCUCACGUCUUCGUUUUCGCUAUCGUUCCCGAGGGACGGGAUGGACACUUCAUUCUCGUCGACACCGAACGCGGUACCAUCGUCCUGAUGGACCUCCAGACCAUCACGAAACCCACCCGACUAUCAAAUCCGUACGCACCGGACGAAGAAGAAUGGCGGAGAUCCGCCACGUAUACGUUUCCAGAGUUCUUUGCCAUGGCGAAGGAUAAGUUCAGGAACUUCAUGGUUGCAGUUUCUGGUAACAUAACGGGUAGCCGGUAUUUCGACGGUGUCGAAUCCGCAUCUGACCCGGACGUGCCCGUGGCACUAGUGAACGAUGUGUGGCACGUAAAGGCUAACGCUUUUGACUGCUGA